GGGGGCGGCGGAAGGGGAAGCCCCGCCGCCGCCAGGAGGAGGAGGAGGAGGAGGAGAAUGUCUGCGGAUAUGGAGGAGGCUGAAGGCACUUCAGCCGCCGGCUGCAUGUGUGCUGUUCUUCAGCUCUUUGAUCUGCACCAGUUUCAGAUUCCUCUGAACAAUCACGACCCCUUCCUUCAAGAAGAAGCCACUGUAACUAAAGGAGUAGAGGCACCAAGAAACAGCUUGGAGACAGAAGGGCCGGCCGCCAUGAAAGCUGCUUCAGUGCCAUCAUCAGCCCCGAAAGAAGAAGAAAAUUUAAAUUUCCCAGUGGGCAUUCAAAUCAAAACAAGAGUCUCGACAUCUGAUUCAGGAUCAAGAACAGAGGAUUUCCCGUCUGAAAGUUCUCCAGGGAUCAAGACCCCGAAUCUGGUCGCCAGGCUCAUGGGCCUGGAUUUACUCCCGGAAUGUACCUCUCCUUCAUUUUCGUCCUCAGAUUCCAGGCCCCGAAAGAAAUCCCAGUUCAACCAAAGAAAUAUUCUUCAUACCAGAUUCUUCGACGACGAUAUCAGCGUGGGAGCCCGGUCGUUGCCUGAAACUCCAAGAAUAUCAUCAGCCAGAAGGUCAGAUGUUGAGUUUCACAGGCUGUCACUCCAGAUAAACAAAGAUCAGAACACGAACGAAGAGUUUUCCCUGUCAGCGAAAAUGGUGGGCAGACAGGGGUUGAGAUUCAGGCAGGACGAGAACAGGAGUCCAGGGCACUAUGCUAAGCAGAUUGUGAAGCAGGUUAAAGAAAGUGUGAGCAGAAGAGUUGUUGGUCUUGACAUAACCAACAUAAACAGAUAUAAACAGGAAAUCAGGCGAGAUGAAAAUCUUCUUCUCUUCAAGCCCACCAACACAAACUCCCAGAAUUUGCCACCACUCACAAAUUCAGGCAACAAAAGUCCAAGAAUUUCUCAAGGGAUUUUGAGCCCACUGAACCCAAAGAAUCAAGAAAUCGUGCAAGAGAACCAGCAUCAGAAGGAGAGCUGCAAGAGAGUUGGGAGUGGGAACAGUAAUUCUUCCUUUAUAAAGAAGUUUCCUCAGCAUCAAGCUUGUAAUAAUCCUAUGAUCAGGAAGAAGAAAGAGGAGCCGUUUGUCCGUUCAUCAGCAGCAAAUAAAGCAAACCUGACAGACAAGAAAUCCAAGAAAGCUCCAUUGUCAAGUGAACUUCUCAGUAUAAGCAGCCCCGCCCUUCUGCCUGUCAAGAAAGACCCUUCUCCCCCUGCUACAAAAUUACCUCAAAAACAGUCACAGGUAUCAGAUGCUCUUUCAUCGAAAAGGAGCACACAGUUAUCUAGUAAUCCGAGCCAUUCGUACAAGCAGCUGCACCUGCAACCUCAUAAAAUAUCCACCGUCCCAGAAAACGUCCUACCAGACAAAACGAACGGUUGCGCCACCACUUCUUCCGCCGCCGCUUGGGCGGUGGCGGCAGAGUACAAACCUUACAUCCAGAGAAUCUUGAAACGCACAGGCAUCAUCGACAAAGUCACCCCUUUAACCUUAGGGAAAUGGCAUACCCCUUCACACCCCCUCGACCCUUCAAUCUUCUACUACCUUGAGCUCUUCCACCCCUCCGCCGCCACUUUGGCUGUCUUAAGCCGCCGGUGCAACAGGAAGCUAAUUUUCCAGCUUGUUGAUGAACUCUUGGCCGAAAUUUUACGACCCCACCUGGAUUUCAAGCCGUGGGUUUCUCCCAUUACAGAUCAUUUAUCCUUGGCUGAUGAAUUGUGCAAGAAAAUCGAGAGUUUUCCGGCGGCGAACUGUCAGGUUCUGGAAGACAUUGAUUCUUUGAUAGAAAAAGAUCUGGGCAAGUCGGGAUUAAAUUGGUUUCUUGAGGAGGAAGGAGAGAGCUUAGUGUGUGAGAUUGAAGGUGAAAUCAUGGAGUCUUUAGUGCGUGAAACGGUGGCGAUGGUCGGUGUCCGUACAGCGGAGGAACAGAGAAGGAAGCCGACAGAUUUCACGUGGAGGGCUUUCACGUGAUGAGAUGCCCAUUGGUUGUGGGAAUCAUCCACGUGGAGAAGAGGUGGUCUUUACUAGUCUACUAGGCUUUGUCUAAAGUGAAGAAGAGGGGUGAAAUUGAAAAUUCUUAGAUUUGGAGGGGGCACACUGGCAAUUUUUAUCCUUUUCCCUCCAUUCCCCCCUUUUUUUAACUUUAAUUUGUGUGUUUGUAGGGGC